AGAGUUUGUUCGAUUCUUUUAACCACAUUAGGUUAGGAGCAAUAAUAACAUUAUUUGCUUGUCGUUUCAAGAACUAACGAAAUCAUGUUUUGGAUCAAAAACCUAGUAAGAAUCUCGCAGACCACUUCUUCGUCGGUCGGAAACGUGUUCAGAAACCCCGAAUCCUACACUCUCUCGUCCCGUUUCUGCACCGCUCUCCAAAAGCAACCAGAGAUCGAGACGGUUCAAGCAAAGGAUGUAGUUAAUGGGUUGGAGCCACAGCGUUACGACGGUUUGGCUCCAACUAAAGAGGGUGAGAAGCCGAGGGUUCUGGUUCUUGGGUCGGGUUGGGCUGGUUGUCGGCUUAUGAAAGGGAUCGAUACGAGUAUUUACGACGUCGUUUGUGUCUCUCCUAGGAACCACAUGGUCUUCACUCCUCUCUUGGCUUCUACUUGCGUUGGUACGCUUGAGUUUAGGUCUGUUGCUGAACCAAUCUCUCGUAUCCAACCGGCGAUUUCACGAGAACCCGGUUCUUAUUACUUCCUCGCUAAUUGCUCUAAACUUGAUGCUGAUAAUCAUGAGGUGCAUUGUGAGACUGUAACUGAGGGAUCAAGCACAUUGAAGCCAUGGAAGUUCAAGAUAGCUUAUGACAAACUGGUACUAGCUUGUGGUGCAGAAGCAUCCACAUUUGGAAUUAAUGGCGUCUUAGAAAACGCUAUCUUCCUCCGUGAGGUUCACCACGCUCAAGAAAUCCGUAGGAAGCUUCUUCUUAACCUCAUGCUCUCUGAAGUUCCAGGCAUAUCCGAAGAUGAGAAGAAGAGGCUGUUGCAUUGCGUUGUGGUUGGAGGUGGGCCGACUGGUGUUGAGUUUAGUGGUGAAUUGAGUGAUUUCAUCAUGAAAGAUGUUCGUCAGAGAUAUUCUCAUGUGAAAGACGACAUUCGUGUUACUUUGAUUGAGGCAAGGGAUAUACUUUCUUCUUUCGACGAUCGGCUCAGGCAUUAUGCAAUCAAGCAGUUAAACAAGUCUGGAGUGAAGCUUGUGCGGGGGAUUGUGAAAGAAGUGAAGCCUCAGAAGCUAAUUCUUGAUGAUGGCACUGAAGUUCCUUACGGUCUCUUAGUCUGGUCAACUGGUGUUGGUCCAUCUUCAUUUGUGAGGUCUCUUGAUUUUCCAAAAGAUCCAGGUGGAAGGAUUGGUAUUGAUGAGUGGAUGCGUGUACCUUCUGUACAAGAUGUGUUUGCGAUUGGUGACUGUAGCGGAUAUCUCGAGAGCACAGGGAAAUCAACACUUCCUGCUCUUGCACAAGUGGCUGAGAGAGAAGGCAAAUACUUGGCAAAUCUGUUUAACGUGAUGGGAAAAGCUGGAGGAGGACGAGCCAAUAGCGCAAAGGAAAUGGAACUUGGAGAACCAUUUGUCUAUAAACAUUUGGGAAGUAUGGCUACUAUUGGGAGAUACAAAGCUCUCGUUGAUCUCCGUGAGAGUAAGGAAGGAAAAGGAAUAUCAAUGGCAGGUUUUGUGAGCUGGUUCAUAUGGAGGUCUGCUUAUCUGACUCGAGUCGUCAGCUGGAGAAACCGCUUCUAUGUUGCUAUCAACUGGCUCACUACUUUUGUCUUUGGUCGUGACAUUAGCCGAAUCUGAUCCAAAUCUCUUCCACGUCGCUACGUGCUUCUUCUCUAUCUCUCUUGUACACUUUAUGACCUCUAAUCAGUUGAAAUCAGAUGUCGUUUACUUGGAACAAUUCAAUGAGGUCAAUUCAGCAUUUUAGAAAGACAGGGUAUUGACUUUUGUUCUUUCGACUUUGAAAUUGAAUCAUCUGGUUUGACUGAUGUAAAAUACCGAAUUAUGGAAGGGUUGACAAAGUUUUUUAAAAUCAACCAAGUAUUUUUAU